AUGCAUGGUAUAAUAGAGUUGAUGUAUCGAGGAUGCAUCGUGACCAUCGCCGAUGUGAGGAUGCUUGGCUUUUCGACACCCACCACCCGUGCUCUCCUCCUCCUGCUCAUCUUCUUCUUCUACCUUCCUACUGUUGCCAUCUCCUUGUCCUUCAACUACUCCACAUUCAGCUCAGCGGACCAGAACGCCAUCAAGAUCGAAGGCGACGCAUCCUUCAGCGUCGGAUGGGUCGACAUCAGCGCCAACAGGUACGGCAGCAUCGACUACAGCAAUGGCCGGGCGUCGUACAAUGCCCAGCCGAUGCUGCUAUGGGACAGGGCGACCGGCGAGGUUGCCAGCUUCACCACGCGCUUCUCGUUCGUCAUCUCCGGCAACAUCAGCAGCAAGGGGCAAGGCAUGGCCUUCUUUCUCGCCGGCUACCCGUCCAGCCUGCCAGCCCGCUGCCCUGACUACAACCUCGCCCUCACCAACCAGAGCGCGGAUGCCGUGGCGGCCGGCGACAGCCGGUUCGUGGCGGUGGAGUUCGACACCUUCAACAAUACGGUGGUGUCUGACCCCCACGACACCUUCGACCACAUCGGCAUCGACAUCAGCUCCCUCCGGUCCGUGCGCACACUGACUAUGCCGAGCUUCGAGCUGACCGGCAACCUGACUGCCGACAUCAACUACGACAAUGUUACCAGCAUCUUGUCAGUCACGGUGUGGCUCGGUGAUGAUAAUGCCGGCCAUCCGAGAAACCGGAGUUACAACCUUCGCUCCAAGGUUGACCUCAAAAGCGCACUGCCGGAGCAGGUCUCGGUUGGCUUCUCCGCAUCCACAUCCAACGCCAUCGAACUGCAUCAGCUACACUCUUGGUCCUUCAGAUCUUCGUUGGAACCGCCGCCGCUGCCGCCAGCAGCAGCAAUAUCUUCCCCGUCAAGGCUGGGUCCUGGAGUUAUAGCCGGGGCAGCUGCUGGUGCAUCAGUGUUCCUCGUGCUGAUCUUCGCCGCUACAGUGGCACUCGUUGUGCGUCGCCACCAUCAACAAAAAAUGGUGGAGACGGAUGAGUACCACACAGACUCGGAAGGCGAAGGUGACCCGGUGAUGGAGAUCGAGAUGGUGAAGGGGCCAAGGCGGUUCCCAUACCACGAGCUCGUGGAAGCGACGAGGAACUUUGCCGCGGAGGAGAAGCUUGGGCAAGGUGGCUUUGGUGCGGUUUACCGAGGCUACCUGAGAGAGCCAGCUGGGCUUCCCGUGGCCAUUAAGAGGUUCUCCAAGCAUGAUUCUUCCCUGCAAGGAAAGAGGGAGUACAAGUCAGAGAUCAAGGUGAUAAGCAGGCUGCCCCACCGGAACCUCGUGCAGCUCCUCGGCUGGAGCCAUGGCCGCGAGGAGCUCCUGCUGGUUUACGAGCUCAUGCCCAACCGCAGCCUCGACAUCCAUCUCCAUGGCAAGCAGGGCACCUUCCUCACAUGGCCGAUGAGGAUGAAGAUAGUGAUGGAGCUCGGGUCCGCGCUGCUCUACCUCCACGAGGAGUGGGAGCAGUGCGUGCUGCACCGGGACAUCAAGCCCAGCAACAUGAUGCUAGACGAGUCAUUUGGAGCUAAGCUGGGCGACUUCGGGCUCGCAAGGCUUGUCGACCAUGCCGCCGGGACGCAGACUAUGACCGCAGUCUCAGGGACUCCGGGCUACUUGGACCCCCAGUGUGUCGUCACCGGCAGGGCCAGCGCCGAGUCAGACGUGUACAGCUUCGGCGUGGUUCUGCUGGAGGUGGUGUGCGGCAGGAAGCCGAUGAGCUUCACUGCGACCGAUCAGGACCAGCAACAAAAGUACGGUGGCGUGUUCCGGCUGGUUGAGUGGGUUUGGGGGCUGUACGGCCAGGGAGCCAUUCUUGAGUCCGCCGACGAGCUGCUGAAUGGUGACUUAGACGCAGCAGAGGUGGAGAGGGUGCUGGUCGUCGGGCUGUGGUGUGCACACCCGGACCCGAGCGCGCGGCCGACCAUCAGAGAAGCCAUGGCCAAGCUCCACUCCAAGGUCGACAAGCUGCCGGUGCUCCCCUCCAAGAUGCCGGUGCCGACAUAUGCUCAGCCACCGUUCGCCUUGGACCUGGACGACGGGCUGUCAAAGUUGCUGACAUCGUCCACCAGCACCAGCGUCCCAGCGCACACCACUUGUACGACAACCAGUUCUUCGGACGGACGUGGUAGCACCUCGACGACCAGUUAA